GGAGAUAACCUGGAUCAUAUUUACAUAUUGUAUCUUUGGCCGAAGUCCCCUAUUUGCAAGUAUAAAUUGAGAGAGCGUCAAUAUUUCUGUCUCUCUGAUUGUCACUCGUCGCCUCAUCAGCUACUUUCGUCUCGGUAACCAAAGCAGCAUAAUAAUACAAAAAUGGCCAACUUUUCUGGAACCUGGAAGUUGAAGGAAGCACAAAACUUUGAAGAACUUUUGGAGAAAGUGGGCAUCACACCAGAACUAAAGGCAAAGUUGUCUUCUAGUGACGCUGUCCCAACGGUAGAGAUCAAACAGGAUGGAGACAAUUUCACCAUCAAAACCAUCACCAAGCUCAAAACCAGGGAGAACUCAUUUAAGGUUGGCGAGACAUUCGUUGAUCAAGACAUUAAAGAAAUAAAGGGCAUUGACGUAACAGUCAAAUCAGCGUGGGAAGGAGGAAAGCUGGUUUUAACCAACGCCAAAGAAGCCACCGGCACCAAAGCCGAAAGGGAGCUUGUGAACGGUGAAAUGCACGUUACUUUCACCUACCAAGGAGUAGUUGCCAAAAGAAUUUUUACUAAGGCUUAAUCUUUGAAUGCGUGUUAAAUGAACGGAAUGUUAGAACUUUUAUUUUAAAAGAGGAACAGAACGUGAUGAGACGUUAAAAUAACCGUACUAUCCAGCUUUGGACAUUUUUAUAUCCACCGGCAGGCCUGCUUGCUAAUAGCAAUGUAAACAAGCAAUCCAAAAUAAAAUCUAUUUUCACUGAAUAAAA